AGAGAACGCCAGGCAACGAUAGCAUAUUCAGCAAUCACUGAGCCGAGCUAACGGAAGUAAUGAGUGCGAAGAUACUAAUGGUGUGCACAUUGUGUGCAGUUGUAGUAGUGAGACUGGAAGCGCGCAGUUUGGGCAGACCUCUACCCGUCCUGGACGAAGAGGCUGCAUUGAAAAACCGCGAACCAGCCUUCAAGAACCCCAAGCCAGGAGUGCUGAUGAGGGCGCUGUGGCGGGGCCGGGCGGGCAGGAUGUCCCAGGAGCCUCCCCCGGAGGCGAUGGACGUGUCCGCGGAAGACGUCCAGGUGGAGAGGCCACGAGAGGCCUGGACGCGCGAGCAGCAGAUCAUCACCAUACGUCUCCUGGGGAGGCUGUGGCAACUCGAGCAGGACAGGAGGAAGUCCCAGGGGCCUCCCCAGGAGGCGGUGGAGGUGUCAGGCGGAGUCCCGGAGGAGAGCGCGCCUGAGGCAUGGAGGCCGGAGGAUCUGGUCUUUUAUACGUCGAUCGUUGUCGUCGUAGUGGCCAUGGCGGGGCUGCAGCUGGCCUGCGUUGGCCUGGUCGAGGAACAGCAGCGCCAGUGGGAUGCCCCGAAGGGCGCCCCGUGCCAGGUCUACGUUGAACUUCCGGUGGAAAUGAAGCUGGCCUGUGGUUGCCUCACCAAGGAGGUCCAGCGGGGCCGGUGAGCCGGCAAUGCAGCUGGCCUGCGGUUACCUCACCGAGGAGGUCCAGCGGGGCCGGUGAGCUGGCAAUGCAGCUGGCCUGCGGUUGCCUCACCGAGGAGGUCCAGCGGGGCCGGUGAGCCGGCAAUGCAGAUGGCCUACGGUUACCUCACCGAGGAGGUCCAGCGGGGCCGGUGAGCUGGCAAUGCAGCUGGCCUGCGGUUGCCUCACCGAGGAGGUACAGCGGGGCCAGUGAGCCGGCAAUGCAGCUGGCCUGCGGUUACCUCACCGAGGAGGUCCAGCGGGGCCGGUGAGCUGGCAAUGCAGCUGGCCUGCGGUUGCCUCACCGAGGAGGUCCACCGGGGCCGGUGAGUCGGCAAUGCAGCUGGCCUGCGACAUCCCCGCACUGUUUACAUAUGAGCCAUUAAAUAUUUUGUUGUUCUAACCAAA